AAUAAGGAGUAUGAUAAUUAUUCUGAUAGAGGUUCUGUGUCUAUGGAAUACGAUGAAUAUUACGAUGAAUAUUGCGAUUAUGAUGAAUAUGAUGAUUAUAAUGAUUAUGAUGAUAAUUAUGUAGGAAAUCCAAUGAAAUUAUUUACCAGUGAUAUAAUGAAUAGGUAUGGAAAUAUUAAAAGUGGAUUAAAACAUAAUACAAAUAAAAUUGCAAAGACUGUUUUAAAAGGUAUAGAUGAUAUAGAUUAUGAGGAGUCAUCUAUUAAAGUAAAUAAUAAAAAUAAGAAUAAUAAAAAAAAAGAUAAAAUUGUAAUUGAUAAAGAAGAUAUAUCUGAUAGGGUUUCUUUGAAUUCAACCGAUUCAGAAAGAUAUUAUAACAAUGAAGAUUUUUAUAGAAAUGGUAAUUAUUAUGGAAGUAAUCAUUAUUAUGAUAGUGAUAUGUAUAGCAAUAGUGAUGAUUCUGAUAACGAUGAUGGUAAUCCUAUUACUGUUCUUGCAUCAGAAAUAGUCGAUGCGUAUGGAAAUAUAAAAGGGGGUGCAUUAAAAGUUAAGGAUCUUAUUACUGAAGGUGGACCACAACUUUUAGAUAUGACAGCAAAUAUGGUCGGGAACAAGACAAAAGAUGGAUUAAACAAAGUAAAGGAAAUUGUUAGUAAGAAAUGUGGUAUCGAUGUAGAAUCUGAUAUAGAUUUAGAGACUGAAACGAAUCCAUUAAAAUGGCAUGAAGUAAUAAGAAACAAAUAUAGAAAGUUGCAUUUUGGAUGGAAAUUGUUUUUAAAUAUUGGCCCUGCAGCUGUAUUAGGAAUUAUAGGGGGUGUAGUCGCUGGAGUUGGUACUCCGGCAUUAUGCUCAAUACCAUUUUUGCUUAUGGCAGGAAUUCUUUUUUUUCAGGUCUAUAGAUUAACGAAGAAGCUUUAUUAUAGUAAGAAAAAAAUAGGUAUUAAAAAUCUAUUUUAG